AUGGGUAGUGUCUUUUUACCACAUCUUCAUACUGGAUGGCACGUUGACCAAGCCAUUGUCACGGAAAAGGAAAGAUUGGUAAUAGUAAGGUUCGGUAAGGAUACUGAUAAGGAAUGUAUGCUAAUGGAUGAAAUAUUGUACUCAAUUGCUGAGAAAGUUAGGAAUUUUGCCGUAAUUUAUCUGUGUGAUACAACAGAAGUGCCCGACUUCAAUGAGAUGUAUGAAUUAGAUGACCCGAUGACAUUAAUGUUUUUCUACAAGAACAAGCAUAUGAUGUGUGAUUUUGGUACUGGUAAUAAUAAUAAGAUGAAUUUCAACAUUGAUGAUGAGCAAGAACUGAUAGAUAUAAUUGAAGUAAUAUUCAGAGGAGCAAGAAAAAAUAAAGGUCUAGUUGUGUCUCCAUAUGACUAUAAUGAUAGGAGGGUGCGUGAUUAG